GAGAGAGAGAUAGGUAGAGAUAUAGAGAGAGAAAGCAUGGGUGUUAUUAUUUGAGUAUAUAGUUCAGAGUAGUUUUUGUUGAAAGCAACCUUGGGAUUGAAGGCAUGGAUUCUAAUCAUAGCUUUGUUGAAGUAUAAUCAUCUCCCUGUAAUUGCAGCAGAGGAGUUGUAAUAAAAAAGCACAUAUAUAGAUUCAAAAAAAUAAAAAGUGAUGAGAGAGAAAGGUGUAUGGAGAGAAGAAGAAGAAAGGAGAUAAGAGUUUCUUUGUAUUGAUAAUCAAAGAGAGUAGUACACUACUUUAAACAAGUGGGUAUGUGGGUGUCACCUGAACUAACUAUUUGAAUAGAGAGAGAAACAUAUUCCUAGAGAGAGAAAGCUUUCCCUAUUUUCCUUUCUUUUCCUUUGCUUUGCUAGUUUUUUUUUUUUUUUUCUCUUCCCCAUCUAGGGAUUUUCAAGCUAGCUCCUUUUCUUAAAGAAAAGGAAAGAAAGAACAUAUUCUGUGUAGUGUCAUCAUGGAGUCUGGAAACAAUCUCCAUCUCCAUCUCCAACCACAACAACAACAACAUCCGCAGCUUCUUCAUCAUCAAGACCAUCAGCUUUUUAUUGGGUCUUCUCCUUCGUCUUGUUCUUCUUUAGCUUCUCCAAUAUCCAACUAUGCUUGGACCCCAAACAUCACUUUGAACAGCAGUGUAAAUUUCAGUGAAAACUGCCAUGGAGUAGUCAUCUCAUCAAACCCAAUUCAUCAUAAAAAUGACAUGCUUUUCCCUCCUCCUCUCAGUUCCAUGAUCCAAGACUUGGGCGCCCAUGAUCAUCAAUGGAGUACAAGUACUAAUGCAGAUUGUUUCCCCAAAUUCACUCAAAUGUUAAACAGAUCAUCAAGCAUUGAAGAUCGAGACUCACAAAGAGAUUUGAAUAAUGUUGAUGAUCUUAGUCAGAAGCUCUUGCUCAAGACUCUCUCUUCUGGUUUUCCAAUAAUGAAUGGGCAUCAUCAUCAGUUUUCACCUUCAGGAGAUCAAUUCUACAAUGGUAAUUGCCCUAGAUUUGGUAGAGGGAGCUUCAGCCAGAUUUAUCCCAGUAUAAAUAUAUCAAACUUGAAUCAUCAAUCCGUACCGGCAUUCGACAACAUUAGUACAACUACUACUACUAAUUUGCAGGCAUUGGAUCUGUUGAGUAGUUGUUCAAGAUCUAGUAUUGGGAGCUGUAAUUAUAGGGGAGCUUCUUCAGAUCAUCAUAAUGACAACCUUGGCAUGUACAAAACCAGCAGCCUUUCAUUUGGUCUUGAUCGUUUGCAGCAACCAACUCAUCACAUAACCUCCUCAUGCAGCUCUACUAGUACUAAAAUAUUGCCAUUCAACAACAAUGAAUUAACAGAGGCAAAGAGGGCCAGUAGCUUAGGGAAACAAUCUGCUCCAAAGAAAUCGAGAUUGGAGUCACGCUCCUCUUGUCCACCAUUUAAGGUUAGGAAAGAAAAGUUAGGAGAUAGAAUUGCAGCUCUACAGCAGUUGGUUGCUCCCUUUGGCAAGACAGACACAGCAUCAGUACUUAUGGAGGCUAUUGGGUACAUAAAAUUCCUUCAAAACCAAGUCGAGACGCUAAGUGUUCCAUACAUGAAGUCAUCACGCAACAAGACCGGCAGAACAACCCAAGGGGGUUCAAGUGUUGGGGGGAGUCAAAAUGGAGAAGCAAAGCAAGAUCUGAGAAGUCAAGGACUGUGCCUAGUCCCAUUAUCAUGCAUGUCUUACGUAUCUGGUGAUUUUAUCAGUGAUGGUGGUGGUGGAGGCAUUUGGCCUCCAGCUCCCAACUUCGGUUGAUAGACAUAAUUACUUAAAUCCGAUGUUAACUUGUCAAUUUUAAUUGGAAUCUUGAAAGCAUGCAUGAAGGUAUUCUAGUGGAGCAAAUUUGGUCAUCCUGCAGUAAGAAAAGCAAGAUAUCCAGGAUAGACCAAGUUUGAUCCAUUAUAAACAAUACUACUUCAUGCAUCGCACUCAUUAAUUUCUGUACUGCUUAAUUAUUGUUUAAUUUGACUAUGAUUUAUGAUUUCCCUAAUUAGAUUCAAAUCUAUAAUGG